AUGAAUCAGUUCGUAGCCUGUUCAAAACUGGUGUGUUACUUUACAAACUGGUCUCAGUACAGAUCAGGAACUGCAAGAUACCUUCCUGAAAAUGUGGACCCUAACUUGUGUACUCAUUUAAUUUAUGCUUUUGCUAUUAUCAACUAUGCCAAUAACAUUGCAGGCAGUGAGUGGAAUGAUGUCGUCCACUAUUCAACCUUCAAUGCACAUAAGAAACGAAAUCCACAGCUGAUAACCUUGUUGUCUGUCAGAGACCAGGACUCAAGUCAAUUCUCUAUUAUGUUAUCCAAGUGGAUAAACCGCCAGACUUUCAUCAAGUCUUCUAUUGAGUUUCUGAGGAAAUAUAACUUUGACGGACUGGAUUUGGACUGGGAAAUGAAAAACACUUCAGAGAUGCAUCCAGAAGAUAAGCUGAAAUUCACUCUUCUGUGCAAGGUUAAAACUAAACACAUUACAGAAAAUGAACUUCUGGAAGCAUUUGUAGCUGAAAGCCUGAACAGUGAUACAAGACUGAUUCUAACAGCAACUGUUUCCGCACAAAAAGAUGUUAUUGAAAGGAGCUACAUAAUUCCAGAGAUCUCAGAGUACUUGGACUUUAUUAAUGUCAAGACGUUUGACUUUCAUACAUAUAAAGAUGGCAUUGCAAGACAUCACAGUGCUUUGUACAGUGCCAUGAGUGAUGACAAGGAUAUCAAAUCAAACACUGAUUUUGCUCUGCAGUACUGGAGAUCUCAGGGAGCUCCUGCUGAGAAGUUGUUGAUGGGCUUCUCUACUUACGGACGCUCUUUUAUCCUCAACUCCUCUCAGAACGGAGUCGGAGCCCCAGCCAAUAAAUUUGCUUCUCCUGGACCUCAUACACAAGAGAUAGGCUUGUGGGCUUACUAUGAAAUAUGUCUUUUUCUAAAUGGUGGUGUGGUACAGUGGAUUGAAGACCAGAAAGUACCUUUUUCUGUGAAAGGCAAUGACUGGGUGGGAUUUGACAGUCUGAGAAGCUUCAAUAUUAAGACAAAAUAUCUACUGGAGCAUGGCUUCGGGGGUGCGUUUGUGUGGGCUCUAGACCUGGAUGAUUUUUCUGGAUAUUUCUGUGGACAGGGCACCUACCCUUUAGUCAACAGCCUUAAGAAAUCAUUAAUACAUGGAAUUGAAUCGUCUUCCUCCAUGACCAGCACCAACUUUUUCUUCAGUAUUUUUGCAACAGCUGGAAAAGGCUCUUUGCCAACACCGAUAUGUGUGAAGAUUGUCAGAUCUUUUUCAGCACAGCAAAGUCUGUUUUGUGCAAACAGAUCAGAUGGACUAUAUUACAGAACGAAUUCCCUCAACUCAUUUUAUAGCUGUAGUGAAGGAAUAACAAAUAUCACCUGGUGCACCCCGUUCCAUGCCAUUUCAAAUAAUUCUAGGAAAGUACAAUUAUCACUGAUGAUUAUUUUUAUUACAUUGGGGAGUGCAGGUUUCUUAACUAAAAUGCUGAUUUAGGAUUAAAGCAGAUGGAAAGACUUGUGCACUAGUGAAUAAUUAUGAUUGCUUUCGUCUUGAUUCUUUUGUUCUAAAACACCUUUAAAUGUAAUUUAAUUUGAACCAUUUCUACAGUGGCCAAGAGAAAUUUAAAAAACACAUGCAUUUACAAAAAACACCAGCAAAUUAACAAUAGAUAAACAAACAAUAAAUUAAGAAAAUGCCCACAAUUCUUGUUGGAUAUUAAAACUGUUUCUUAAACAAUUGUUUAAGCAAGUUUUAGCUACAUGUAAUGGAUAACAAAAGAUGUACUAGUGCAUGCAUUUCAUUGACAUAAUUUGUUUGUGUGUGUUUGUAGUUCAGCCUGAUAUCUUGAGGAAAUAUAAUUUUACAUAUUGUCAGAAAAGUGGCAAAUUAGUACUAAUGUAUACAAUUUUAUGUAUAUUAAUAUAAAUAAUCUUUAAAAGGAGACAUGUCCCCAAGCCCCAAACCAAUUGGAAGAUAAGCAAAUCCUUCUAAAAUGUAUGAAUAAAAUGCAAAUAUGAAUAAAAAAUAGCCUCUAAAUCAAAAAAAUAACAAAUCGAUUGUCUUGGUUUGUUUGAAAAUAAUACUUCAAAAAGAAAACUGCAACAUCUACACCUUACACUAUGCUGGUCAUCACUAUUAACAGGAUUAACACCCCCUUUAUCAGGUUGUUUAUAUGCAUCUACAAGUUUUUAUUAUACUCUUAAUAAAAAAAAACAUUCAGAACUGAUUGGUUAAACAAAUCAGAUUAUCACAGAUUCCCCUAUUUCAAUUCAAGUAUGUAGGUGGAUUUUGUACUAAAUUUGUUAGUAGUUAAUCUGACAGCAUCUGAGUCUUUGUUUGUUUUACCCAUGUGUAAAAUGCCCCAUGUAACACUAAUCUUGUGUUUGUUUGUCUGUUUAAAUUAUUUUAUAUUGUAUUUAUUUUGUUUGUAUUAUUCUUAACUCAAAUAUCUAAUAU